AUGUGCAUCGAUCAGGAGUGCGUGCUCUGCCGCUCGGCCAACUUAAGAUCGAACGGUCUACCCGUGGCUCCCAGUACUGGUCUUCCAUCCGAACAGACGUCAGGUUUUCCUCCCAUGCCUUUCGUGCCAAAUGUGCGUUUGGUGAAUGAUCGCGGCCUCUCUACAGGUCAGAAUCACUCCUCCAGACGGGGUCGUGCCUCAGGUCGUGGGUACAGAGAUGGGCGCCACAUGCUUCUUAACUUACCUAUGGUAGCUGCGACUCUACGGUCGCGGAGUGAUUGCCUUCACUGUGGCACUUUGAGAUUACAGUUUGAAACACCUAAAUUUUGUUGUGCUGAAGUUGAUGGUGAGGGGAGUGAGGAGUCGAGCCACAGGGACAUUCGUGUUAGCAGUGUGGCGGGAGGUUCGCAUAGCAUCCAAUACUAUUAUGGUUGUUAUGAUCCCUUACAGUAUCCUCUUCUUUUUCCUUUUGGCCAGGUGGGCUGGCAUCAGGGAAUAGAAAAGAUAGGGGUGGCGGCUCCUGCAAGGCCGAACCAACGAUGCAGCUCUGUUCGUUCAGUUGUCCCAGCUGGUGCAAUAGACGCUGAUGAUUUGCUGUUUCGUGAAGAGACUGCACGCAUUGAUAGUAAACAAAAAGGCGCUUUCUUUAUUGAUGGCCCUGGUGGAACUGGUAAAUCAUUCCUUUAUAGGGCUUUAUUGGCAACCAUCCGUUCUAGAGGUAAUAUAGCGUUAGCAACAGCAACCUCUGGAAUCGCUGCAUCCAUAUUGCCGGGUGGCAGGACAGCUCAUUCUAGGUUUAAAAUUCCCAUUGAUUUGUCCGCUUUAAAGACAUGCAGAAUAAGCAAGCAGAGCAGCCUAGGUUGUUUGGUUAGAGAGAGCAAACUCAUUGUUUGGGAUGAGGCCCCCAUGGCAAAAAGAGAAGCUAUUGAAGCGCUAGAUGAUGCUUUGCAAGAUUUGUGUGGAUCUGAUGCUAUUUUUGGUGGAAAAGUUGUGGUAUUUGGUGGUGAUUUUAGACAGGUGUUGCCGGUUAUUAGACGCGGCAAUAGAAAGGACACCAUAGCUGCAUGCAUUACUAGCUCUGAUCUAUGGCCAUGUUUGGAGAAACUUCGUCUUGUUGAAAACAUGCGUGCACGUUUAGAUCCUCUUUAUACAGCUUUUUUGUUGAGAGUUGGAAAUGGUGAGGAAAAAACUUUUGAUGACGAGUUAAUAAAGAUACCGGAAUCCCUUGCAUUGGAUGAUCCAUUGCACGAGUCCUCAUUAGAUGGCCUCAUCAAUACUGUUUAUCCUGAUAUUAUGAAUGCAUGUGCCAGUAAUUUAACAGUUAAUCGAGCAAUUUUAACAACAAAAAAUGUAUUUGUCGAUGAACUCAAUAGAAAACUCAUAGCGACUUUUCCUGGUGAGUUGGUGGAGUACCUAAGUUUUGAUAAGGUUGUCAAUCCAGCACAUGACGCGGAAUAUGGUGACCUCAUCAAUUCCCUCACGCCAAGUGGUUUGCCGGAGCAUAGCCUACAGCUGAAAGUAAAUGCACCAGCCACAUCGAGUAUCACUUUAGCGAUUCCUCUCGGGCAAACGUUAGACUUGGCGAGGAAAAAUAUGUGCCUCCUGCGAUUGAAGGACACGACAAUAACUCGUGACGGCUACGACUUCGUUGAUGACAAUCCCUUAUUGAGGGGUCUGUCUACAGCCUCAGAUUUUGCGCCCCAUGCAUCUCGAGUGAACCAGUGA